AUGAAAAGAAUCUGUUCAUCUGUUAUACUGUACUUUGUAAAAUUUACGGCUAUUAUAGCAAUGAAUCAAGAAUCAUCUGAGUGCCCUUUUGCUGCGGAAAGCAUCCAGCGAUGUCCGUUCCUGAGAAACAUCAACAAGCCUACCAACUUUUCCUUCUCCUCCUUGAGCUUUCCGAUUCCCGGAGGUAAAGGACCAAUUUUUGAGGAUGGUCCUGGUUUUGAUUCGGCAUUCAAACUCUUCCACGGGAAGGAUGGUGUUGUGCCGUUAUCUCAACACUCAAGCUUUGGAGGUGAUCUUCAAGGUGAGACCGCUCUUCCUCGUGCUCCACAGUUCAAUCCUCUAGCAGGCAAAGUUGCCACCAUAAGCCUCUCAGCUUUUGGUCCUGGAGGGCCUUUUGGGUUUGGUCCCUUCUCGGAGAAAUGGAAGAAGCAGCAGAAGAAACCUAAACCCUCCAAUAAUCAACAAAAGCCUGGGGACACGUCUAAACAUGAAGCGGUAGGAGACGAAUGGCUGAAAAGCGGAAACUGUCCAAUCGCAAAGUCGUACAGAGCAGUGAGCCAUGUUAUACCUAUUGUUGCAUCUGCGAUGAAGCUACCACCUGGUAUGAAACUCAAAUGCCCAGCUCCUAUAAUUGCUGCAAGAGCCGCGCUUUCCAAGACUCCUCUGGUGAAGAGCCUCAGGCCUCAACCUUUACCUGCGAAGGUGCUUGCCAUCGCUCUCAUGGGCAUGGCUGCAAACGUUCCGCUGGGUGUUUGGAGGGAACACACAGUGAAGUUCUCUCCCUCGUGGUUCCUGGCGGUCCACGCCGCGGUGCCUUUCAUCGCCAUGCUUAGGAAAUCUGUGCUUAUGCCAAAGACAGCCAUGGCGUUGACCAUUGGAGCUUCAAUCUUGGGACAGGUGAUUGGAUCGAGAGCUGAACGUUACCGCCUCAUAGCUUUGGCUGAGAAGGAGAAAGUGGCCCACGUUGAAGUGUUUUCUGGUAGCCACUGUGGUGCAGAGGAAGGAGUAAAAGAUGUCCGUUAUCAUGUGAAUGUUGGUCAGUCUGCUAAAUCAACCGGGCUGUGUUACUGAAGCUAUACAUCAGCUUAAAUAUGUUGGUUGAUUAAUAAAUGUAAUAAAAAGUUAGUUGCGAGGAUUUGAUGUGUGUGCGUGAGGUUUUGUUAUCCAGUGUAUUGUUUAAACAGACACAGUAACAGUAUCAUCAAUUUAGCCCUGACAUGGGCCGGAAUAAAAGGUUAUUGCCCUUACUGAAACGAUCCAGCAGAAAAUUUCUG